ACGUGACCCUGAGCUGCCUCCAUCGUGAUUGUCCGUCCUGACUAGUCUCCCUCCUUAGCACACAGGACGGUUAGCACUUGCUGCGGUACCAUGUUCCGAGCCGUGUUCCGACUGUCAACCACAGGGGCCCGGAGUCUGGCUCGGUCACGACCCUGCUACACAGCUCCGUUGGCCUCCAGAUGUUACUCCCAUGGCAAAGUGGAGACAGAUGAGGAGUUUGAUGCCCGUUGGGUGACUUACUUCAGCAAGCCUGACAUUGAUGCUUGGGAACUGAGGAAAGGUAUGAACACCCUGAUCGGUUAUGAUCUGGUACCAGAGGCCAAGAUCCUUGAUUCAGCACUUAGGGCUUGCCGGAGACUGAAUGACCUGGCCAGUGCCAUCCGCAUCCUUGAAGCUGUUAGGGACAAAGCUGGCCCCCAUAAAGAAAUCUAUCCCUAUCUGAUGCAAGAGCUUCAGCCUACCCUGUCAGAACUGGGCAUCUCAACACCGGAAGAGCUGGGCAUGGACAAACUAUAGACUGUGAGGGUCAUUUGAUACAUAAAGAGAUGAUCUCUCCUGAUUUUCUCCUGUCAUAUAUGUCUAUAUUGUUGAUUAAAUCCAUGCUGUCCUGUUGUGUACAAAAUGGUGGACCUAAUAAAGUAAACCAAUAAUUUAA